UUUCUCUGCAUAACUUUCCCCAGGCUCUAUUUCAGGUCUUUGAGCAGGGCCUGCGCCUGUGAACUCUUUCCUUCAGAAGACCUUCCAUGACUGCCUUACUUGUCUUCAAUGACGUAAUCAAACACAUACCCUUUGGAAGCAUCGUAACAAGUGCAGCCAUGACGAGAAACGAGAAGUUUUUCAUGCUUCAAAGCGUAAUCCUCAUUUCAAGACUUAUCUGUUUAAACGAGGUGAAUGCUUCUACGGAUUUCUCUUGUCCAGAAUUGCCCUCUCCAUCCCAUGGAACAAAGUCGGUGUGUCCGUUAAAUGGUUCAGUGAAUCAUGGUUCAGAGUGUUAUUUCUCUUGUUUAAAUGGCUAUGCAGGAUUUGGUUCUCAUAGAAGAUUAUGUCAAAAUGGAACAUGGACUGGACAGGACUUAUCUUGUAGACAACUGAGCCGUCCGUGCAACGCUUCAUGUCUCUUGGUUACAACUUCUCACCAAAUUAUGGCUUUGGAUUACAAUAACAACGCGAGUCAUUCACUCAUAUCUACCUUAUCGUCCCCCGAAGCUGUGGACUUUCAUUAUGAACUGGGUUACAUGUUUUGGAGUGAUAAACGCGAGAGAAACAUCAAGCGCUCAAAUAUGGACGGCACAAACAUUACAGUGAUCCAAGUGAUCGCGGACUGUUACGGGCUUGCCGUGGAGUGGAACUCAAUGCAGUUGUAUUGGACAGACUGGAGAAAUCGCAGCAUAUCAGUAUCAGAUCUCGAGGGGAAUAACAGACGUGUCUUCAAUUGCUCAAUCUCAGGUUCCCCAAUAGGGAUUGUUCUCGACCCACACGAGGGUUCAUUCGGGGGCAACCUUUAUAAAGUAGAUGCCUCCAAUGGAUCAGUUAUUACGAGGUUUGUGAUCGACACCUGGAGAACUCCUGGACUCGUUGCAUUCGACAGCUCCUUGCAGUCUCCAGUGAUCACGUGUCCAGUGUUGCCAACACCGUCCCAUGGAACAAAGCUUGGAUGUCUAAGGAAUGUAUUGUAUUACGGUACACUUUGUAAUUUCUCGUGUAAUGAUGGCUACAUAAAAUCUGGCUCUCAAGUAAGAAGAUGUCAACGCAACGGAACUUGGACUGGACAGGACUUUGGUUGUCAAAUUGUCACGUGCCCGUUACCGACCAAUGCUGUAUUCCUGGGGUGCAGCAAUAAUACGGCAGAGAUGAUAAAUAACACAGAAUGCAGGUUCUCUUGUAAGGAAGGAUUUGAAGCGAAGGGAUUAACAGUACGAAGAUGUAACGGAAAUGGAAAAUGGAGUCAAUCAGAACUUGUGUGCACAGGUAUAAGAACUGUAAAAUCGUGGAAUGUAUUUUAAAAAACGGUUACUCGAGAAUUUUGGUUGCCUUAUCAUUUGAUGAUCUUGAAUCCGUACUAAUCGGUACAAGAUCGUCGAUAAAGUUUUGAUAGUUCGCUGCGAUUAUAGAUCCUAGUGGUUGAUCUAAAACCGUCGCUGCUUUCAUUAGUAUUGUGGCGGUGAAGCUGUCGAUCUCAUGCAUCUCUGCAUUGAUCAGUCGAUGCAUAAUCGAAGAACUGAAAAAAACAUGAUGAUCCUGGAUCAUGAAUCGAUACAGGAUAGCGGCAACGAUAGUUGAUCUAACAGUGUCGCUGCAUACUUAUGCAGAAUCUGUGCAGGGAUUAAUUGAUUUGUACUCGUAGAAUGCAUCGUCACUACCUCUUUGUGUAUUAGACUUAGUAACGAUGCGUUUCAAAUUUUCGCCUUAUUCAGUCUUAUCAACGAUAUUAGGGACCUUAAGCAGUCAGGACGGCAACGCCAGGGAAGACGUCGAUUAAAAAAUGAAUUUCUACUUUUAAUUAGAAUUUGGAAAAUGCCUGCAUGUGUGUACCAUCUCAUACGGCGCCACAACUCAACCUCAGCAUAACGUAUAAAAGUAGCAUUGAGUUGCAACUGGAAAUUUCAAUAAUUGGCCGUUGCGGUUUCCGUUCGUAGACGACGCAAAUUUUGCUGAUUUCACGUUAUCGUUUUGCAAAGGACGGCUGAGAAAUGUACUAAGUUUUA